GGUGAUUUUGUUAACGGUGUUCAGCUUAAGACCUCGUUUGAACCUUUUUGUUUUUGAUCACCAUUUCUCCGCUCAAAACUCGAGUAACUUAUGAGUGCCACGAAUGCCUCUGAGUUAGGAUAUUACCGUAAUGUAGCCCAUCCAACUAGGGUUUGAACUGCAGUCUUAUCAUUUUUUUUCAUAGUUCUUCUCUGAACUCUCUUCAUGACAGCAGUUUCUUCCUUCAGUUAAGGGGCUACAAAUUCACAAGGCAAAGUAGAGAAUGAUGAUACAUCUGAAGAACUACUGGCUGGAUCACAGGAACCAUCCUCAGAUUUUGAUAUCGUUGUUGGACAUCUAGAAGAAAUAAUGAUGAGUGAUGACUUUCAAAAUGUACAAGAUAAAUUUAUGAAUGAAAAUUAUAAUGAAUUUGAAGAUACUGAAGAGAAUAAACUAUGCUAUACAGAAAUUCAUGAUAGAUAUAUAGAUACAGUUGAGAGAACGCUGGAAAAAGAAUUACGUGAACGAAUUCCUAAUUUCUCAAUGCGUUCAUUUAUGGAUAGUCUAGUUCCAAAUAGUGAUCAUUUAGAUGGAGAAGUAUUUGAGAUGUUGUAUACAUUUUCAGAUUUUCUUGCAUUCAAAGAAAUGAUGCUUGAUUAUAAAAAGGCAAAAACAGGAGAAACCGUCAAUUUAGAAUUAACCAAUACUUAUAUCACAUGUAAUCCAUGCAUAACUGAUCCAGUGAUCCAGUUACAUAAUACAUCAUGUAAUACUGUUAUUUCCUAUCCUCAUGUUACACCAUAUUCAAAUGGAGAACAAGUGGACUGUACGAAUAAGGAUUAAUAUUUGCAUGGCAAUUGUGUAUAUGAUAAAUAUGUAAAUAAAAUACGAUUGUCAUUAACGUAUGCAAAAAACAACUUCCCAGUGUAUUUAUCCUUUUGAGUGCAUUUGUCAAGUGUUUUAUACCUCUUAUUUUGUUCUGAUUCUUUGUUUAUGUGGGAAAAUCCAUUUUAUGUAAUACAAUGUUAGCUUAUUUUGCUAGGCUGUUUGAAAAAUAUUCUACGUUAGCGAAAAAAUAAUUUAAACGUAAAU